UCGUCUUUCCAACUUCAAUUCAUCAACAAAGCAUUUGUAUCUCUGGAAGCCAGGGUCAGUAGGGCUGCGCCCUUGACCAAGCUUGCUUCUACAUCAUAUACGCUCCCCUACUUCCCCGUUUGUAUAUUUCUGCGGUCUACAGACGAACUGCCGAUGAUCAGAUGCGGCCGCUUAUGUCUUUCACCUUUCCAUCACUGCCACCAUCUUGCGACACGCCCUACGACAGCAAGAACGUAGCAAUACCAGCGCUUCUUCCGCCAUCUGAUCUUGCGCAACAGCGCCAUCGAUGCAAGCAAGAAAGCAAUCAUGGACAGCUCUGCGAUUACGUACGCGACGUCGAAAGACUGGGUCGAUAUCAUGAAGAACCGAAGUAAGGUGCGCAUGCACGAAUUGAUUGAACGGCUCGGGUUACGCGCGAAGUGGUCAUCCAACAAGCGGGGCAAGACCAACUUCGAAUCUGCCCUACUCAGGGAAUUGGUUCAGGAUAUGGGCGAUAUCGUAGCCACGCUGCCAAAAGAGUCGGACGAUCUUAUGAAGUGUCUGAGCGAAGAAAACAGCCUGGACCCAGAGGUAGACGCUCUUUUAGACAAGCAUGGGAGCAGAAUCUGGGGUCGUGUUGGCGACCGGGAACAUCUGAUAACAGCGAAUGAGCCUGGUGUGGAAGAGAGUCUCUACCCAAGAGAUCUCUACUUUGAGAACAAAGAGGACAAACAACUUAUACAUAAGCUUCUACAUUGGUGGAUAGGCCUCAAAGCAUGCAAUGUCAUCUUGGCGCGCGAGCGCCUAGAUCGAGAACGAAAGAAAAAGGAAGAGAAUCGAAAAGCUAGAGCUGAAGCUGAGUUCAACGGGCAAAACGCAAAUGGUGAGGGCAGCACGCCUGCAUCAUUUGUCGCACUCGCACCAAAUUCAGUUUUCCAGACUGAGGCAGCGUCACGUGGAAGCCCAAUAUCUUCUACUGCAAUGCUAACGCCUCCUGAACCAGGUGGAAGUCCGAUUGCUGGCCCUCGCGAGGGUCUUGGGUUUACAUCUGUCAAUGGUGGCGCGGCGAGCGAAAACGGCGUCUCCAAACCAUCUAUACAGCAUGAACAGCAGCCCCAAAGAGUUGUCGAAGGACUUUGGGAUAGGCUCAUACCAAGAGAACUUCAAGGAAGUAACUCACAGCAGCCAAAUCCUCCCUGGGCUGCAGCGAAUGCGAACGCGCCGCAAUUCGCAGACAGUAAGCCUGCUGUACAACAGCAAAUUACGCAGGCAAAUCAAGCAACUGUCGACAAAAAGAUAAGCGUCGAAGUCGCUAAGCUUGUCGCCAGUUUCCGCUCUGAUGACGCGGCUUUCGAAGACGUACCCCAACAGAACGCCAGUGUACCGUAUCGGGGAUUAGACUACGACAGCUUGAGAGCACUCCGAUCCCUCCUUUACAACGAAGAGUGCAGCAUUCAGUGGGAUGAAGAAGCGCUGCUCAAUCGUCUGGAGAAAGCCUGGAGAGAAGGCGUGCGAGCCGACUACGACAAGAUGGUUGAAAACAUUCCGGUGUUCAUCGCAAGGGAGCGAGCGAUACUAACAUGGAUCGAGCUUAGACGACAUCUCGCAGCGCUUGAUCGUGCAGGAGAACGUUGGAACUCCGAAGGCCAAAGCGCGCCUGAGAUUGAGAGGCGUAUUCAACAACACAGAACACUUAUGGGCGCCACACAAACUAUCAUCACAAACUUCGAAGACAUCGGACAAGGCUUUGGUGUUGGCCAUGGCCAUGGACUUAUGGUCGACAGAGACGAGUUGCUUCGCCAAGCUUUCGUGGUUUUGGCCGGCGAGAAGUUCGCAGUGGAGAUGCUCUGGAAGCCCAUUGAGUUUACGAGAGUUGUCAGCUGGCUGGGAGAAAGUGUCGAGCCCUUCCGUAAGACGGAAGAGGAAGAGGGAAGGGGUACUCUGUGGUAUGUUGGGUAGUGCAAAUGGAUGCACAGACUGAUUGUCAGAAUAAUCGUGUAAAUAUCACUGUUUUGAGUUGCGGCGUUCAGGGUACUUGUCGAUCACCAAUGAGCCAGCAUU